UACUUUUCGAUAUAUUUUAGUAGGAUGCUGGUUAUAUAAUAUUGUUCUAUGGCUGUAGCAAUCAUAGUAGAUCCGUUUCGUUAGUUUGUUAAGAUUGUGUUCUAAACUGAUAAAAGAUAAAUAAUAUUUUAUAUUUCAUUUUGGUAUUAAACAUUCGCCAUGUCUGGAACACAAAUGAAGUACCCAUAUUCACUGGCUGCAAAAAUUAGACGAUUUCCAUUUCAUCAUUACAUGUUUGUAGCAAAGAAUGGUUGGGUACUUAGAUAUUGGACAAUUAGUACAAUACUUUGUUUACCUCUGUUCUAUAAAUUCCACAAAAUGAGUCAUGCUCCAGAAAAUGUGAAAAAAUGGGAGGAGCUCCACAAAGAACAAUUUUCUGGGAAAAUGCAUCAUUAAAUUAUAAAUUAAAAACAUUGUAGUAUGAUGUGAAAGAGAAAUAUAUAUGAAUACUUUCAAAUUGUA